GCACGUAUGAUUGUCGUAGAUCCAUCGUUUCCAUUCCCGCCUGAUCCUGUUCGAGUCCUCCGGUUCGUUUGUUAACUAUAUAUCCCCAUUUAAAGGGAAUCUUUUCCAAUCUCUCAAUUUCUUUCCUUUGUCAGGUCAAUAUUAUACGUAAUAUGUAUAUUUAUAACAUAACCUUAUUACCCUACAUGGCACCUCCUUUACCACCGAAAGCGAUAUAUCAUUUAUUUCCAGUUUUCCUAAUUAUCCGCACGGCGUAAAACAUUUAAUAUUCGUUUAUAAUGUAAAUCGUCACCGAAUAUUCCGCGAAUAUGGUCAUUUCGAAAUUUGAACCUGAUCUGAGUUCUAUGACUAAUCAGUUAUUGCCCGUCGAAUAAUGUUCAUUUUUUUUAUCAAUUGUGACAAUCGAAUUUUUUUCAAUAACGCAAUUAUUUUUCUCUUCACGUCAAAGAAAAAAAAAAGAGGAAAAAUGAACGAUUAACAUAAAGCUGCGCCGUUAACGAUUAGCAGCUUCUAUUUGAUUGGAAAAAACGAUCGUAAACGCAACGCAAAUGCGGACACAUUCGCCUCAAUCGCUAGUGAUAUGGGCAUGAUAUGCGCCGUGUUCGUUUUAAUACUGCAUUCUCUGCACUCGAUUUUCACAAAUUUUUUUCUUUAUAUGCAUGCUUAUCUCGUAUUCUGAAAAUAAUUAAGAAAUUCAAAUAAAGUAAAAAGGAUUUCUUUUUCCUUGAAGAGUCUAACGUAAAGGAUAUUCUUUAUUACAAUAAAUAUUUGCUUUCUGUAUCUGCACAACUUUAACUUAAUAACGUCAGCUAGCGCUUAUUUUACUACGCAUGUGCGAACGUGAGCGAGUUUACAUGGGCAUAGGAAAUUCCUAUGUCCAUGGAAGUUUAGGGAAUUAGCAGUCGUACACGUUGGUUGGAGUCGUUGAACUUUUGCUCUAACCUCUUUCCUCUUGCUUGCUUCUAACAUAACCUAAUUAUCGUCGUUUACAUGUGCUUUUCAUGUAGAGAAUGUUUUUAAAGUGACUUCGACUAAACUUAGAUUCAUUCGAACGCAGAAUUAUUACACAAUUUCUAACUGUGUAAUUUGUGUGACUGUUACGUGUUCCGAAUUCGUUUUUAUUAUAAUUCGUACAAAAGAAAACGUAUACACACGUCUACGGAAAAUAUAAUGGGGAAAAAUAAGAAAACGCGUAAAGUUGUGAUGCAGAGAUUUGCUCAAAUGAAGAGGAUGAUUAGUUUGAGUGAUACGCGAAUAAAGCCAGAAAAGCGAUUGCCAUCGAAGAAAACUCCCAAAGAGGAUAAGACUAAAAUAAAAAUUACAGAAGUGCCCCAACAAUCCUCGGCAUUAUUCUUCCAAUAUAAUACACAACUUGGACCGCCAUACCAUAUUUUAAUUGACACAAACUUCAUUAAUUUCUCCAUUAAAAACAAAUUAGAUAUAAUACAGAACAUGAUGGAAUGUCUUUAUGCAAAAUGUACGCCAUACAUAACGGAUUGCGUAAUGGGUGAAUUAGAGAAGCUUGGACAGAAGUAUAAAUUAGCAUUGAAAAUAAUCAAGGAUCCGCGAUUUGAAAGAUUAAAAUGUAUGCAUAAAGGAACCUAUGCAGAUGACUGUCUUGUAAAUAGGGUGACGCAACAUAAAUGUUACAUUGUUGCAACAAACGAUAGAGAUUUGAAAAGAAGAAUACGGAAGAUACCAGGUGUGCCAAUUAUGUAUAUAUCUCAGCAUAGAUAUACAAUAGAAAGAAUGCCAGAUGCUUAUGGUGCACCUAAGAGAUAAGAGUAUUACUUACUUUGAAUCAAUUUCUUUUCAUAAUGAUUAUCUUUUUGUAAACAUACACAAAGAUGUACAUUUUGUUAAUAAAAUUUAUAUAAAAAUCUAUAAAAAAAA